AUGAGCCUUGAGAAAGCGGGCCGCGAGACUUCCCUGGGAAGGACACCACCAGCCCCGAAGGGCGGGAGCUGGAGGAAGUCACAUCUGGAACAGCCCAAACGUCUCGUGUACAAAAAGAUUAUCAAACCGCUAAUGGAGAAGAAGCGAAGGGAUCGAAUUGCCCACUCUCUGAAUCAGCUGAAGGCUCUCUUGCUAGAGGACACCAGCCAAGGUAACAAGCCUCUUCCUAACGCUCGUAUGGACAAGGCAGCUCUUCUGGAAAUGACGGUGCAGCGGAUCCAAACAUUGCAACUAGCAGCCUUCUUCAUCUCAGAAAGACAACAGUAUCUGGAGGCUCCCAGACCAUCAAACUCUGCAUCCAAACCCACCCAUGAGACCACCUCACUAGCAACUCCUCCGACAACAUCUAUGCCAGUAAAGAUCUCAAGCUGGAGUGAUAAGUGUCUAGCUUCCCCCGGCCUAAGAUAUUUUGGAAGAUCUGUUCCUUCUGUGAUCCUGAGCAAAACAGGGUCUCAGAUAUUCUGGAGACCCUGGUCUACCUAA